UCUGACAAAAACGAAUACGACAUCCAACCACCCACCGAUGUCACACACAGAAUGUAGAAUGCAGUCAGUCACGUUACCCAUUCGAACGCACUCAGUUCCCGUCCACCACUGCUCAUAAACAGCCCUCCCACCCAUCCAAUCCACCCACACCACCCAACCGCCACCCAGCCAACACCAUUCACUCCUCACCCCAACACCCUUCCCCCGUCGAUGACGUUACUCUCGAGACCCAAUGGCCGCAGCAGACGGCGGACAGCACCAACCGACACGGGAUAGCGCUGGGCGAGUGGAUGAGACCGAUCGGCAGCAGACGGCUCAGUGGUGUAAAAAUCGAUCUCGACCGACCAUACGCACAGGUGGGCAGCGAUCGUCUCGUUGUUUCGGAAGCCGCUCACAAUCACAUUACGAUAGUCAUUGGCAUGAGCAGCAUUCAGAUCGCCCCUAUCGUCGCGGAAGUCGACGGCGAUGCCCUGAUCCUCCAUGAGACCGUCGGUCCUCAGCAGUCGGACACAGCGAGGGUCAGCAUGGCCGAUGAGUGCAAAGACCACCAGCUUGUGGCGCACUCUCUCUUCAUCGCACCACCAGGAGAGCAUCGUGUCCAGCAGGAACGCCGAGAAGGAGCGGUAGAGCCAGUCGUCCAAGCGGAUGACGGGGUCGCUCCGCUGGUAGCCCUCGCAUAGGGAUGGCCGCCCGGCAGCUCACCCAACAGCACCACACGAAAGGGCAGAUUGGCGAUCCGAUAGUGUCCGUUGCCGGCUGGCUGCAGCGCCAGGCUGUUGAAUCCGUAUAUCAGCAGGUGGCGGAACAGCCGAUAGACGGGCAUGGCGAGUGGCAUCCGGUGGAAGGCCCUUGCUGUGGGCAGCGAGUCGGCCGACAGACGGAGAGGCCGCCUUUUGUGUGUCAGCAGGUGGCCGAAUAGCCGAUAGAUUGCCAUCGCCAAGGGCAGCUGGUGGAAUGCCGUCCUGCUGGGAAGGUGGGCUGUCAGCCACUGAGCCGACAGCACCAGGGGCAGCCCAUUGGCAGGCGUCAGCCGAUAAAUGGCGGCCAGCCGGAUGAACCGCCCCAUCGCAAGGCCACUCGUUGCUGCCCUGCUCCAGCACAUAGGCCGCCCGCAGCACAUAGGUGAAUGGGAGAGGGGCGGUGCGGUCGAUGUCGAUGAGGCCGGCGAGGGAGUGGCGGGCGAGGGAGCCGUCGACGCGCUCCACCAGCAAAGCGGCCGUGACGAUGGACGUGCCGAUGGUGGAGGUGUUGCGGAGAGAGUUCACAUCAGGCAGCCGCAGGCACGCCACCACACGCCCACGCCACACCUCCAAAGGCCCCGAGGACGCCAUCAAUCAGCCACCACGAGCAGUCACCACACGCCGACAACCACCGAUGGCCAUCAGCGGCUGAGUGAAGCGAUCGCAUUCGGCUUCAUGAUGAACGUCGUGGCUGUUGAUGGGCCGUGACGACCCAGAGAUCUGGGGAAAACCGUUCACCC